UCGGCUUCUCAAUAAACUAUACGAUCAUUCAAGAGCAUAAACCCACUAUCAAAUUAUCUAUCCCGCCUCCUCAAAAACAAACCGUUGUCCCUCAAGAGGUAGAUUUUAUAUGAAAGAUGCAGGGUAGUGGGUUGUUCGACACGGAGUGCCUUUGACUGUGAAGAUUUAUUUCUCCAUUCUUCGUCCACCAAUUCAACAGAGCCAGCAUGUCGACCUAAGUGCGCAUCCGAUCUCAGGCGACGAGGGUGCUUGAUGUUCCAGAAGAUGUUUGCGUUUACUUGAGCAGGUGUAACAAUACGGAGUCCGCGAGCAAUCAAUAUGUCAUGGCAGAUAAAAGUUUCUGGCCUGUAAGAGCUGAAUUGGCCAUUUUGAAAGAGAAUAAUUAAUAAAAGCUGCAAAAAGGAGAAAAAUCCAUAAUGCUAAAUUCUUUAGAAACUGGAGAUUUCAUUCCGCCAGGAGACCACACGCAAAAAGGUGCUUUGUACAGGUCUUUGCGUAAUCUUCGCACGGCGCAGCAUCACGGCACCAAAAAUAACCACCCAUAUCUGGCAUUCAAUACUUUUGUAAUACCAACUGUUAUCAUAUCUUGUGAAUGGAGUUGAAAUUAACGACUGGAAAAUUCUCUUUUUAAAUCAACCAGGGUGCCUUUUCUUGCUCAAGCUUCAUUAUGUCGAGUGGAUAAAUUACAACGACCAAACCACACCAGUAACAACACCUCUUGGAAAUCUUUCGGUGCAAUACGAAAGCACAAUCACUGUGGUAAUGUAGUGUUCUAAACCCAACUAAAAGAUCGAUACUGACUGGAUCAUUAGACCUGGGAUGGCCUCUUAGAUGGUAACAACCCUCUAAACUGGUCAAAUAGUUGGAAAUGGAUCAAUGUUCUUCGAGUUUCUGUGCAGGGAACAUUGUACCCAAUAUGUUCUACCUCUUAGCAUUAGUAUCAGAGGAUGUCGCCUUGGCGUUUGGUCUCUAUGAUCCAUGCCGGGCCCUAUUAUAGGACUACAUGUUGGACCGAAGCUAUACAAAGCUUGAGCUUUACCUCGAUGUUCUAGAGAGAACACAUCACCGAUGCUACCUCCUCCCAGGCUCGGGCCAGCAGAUCCGGCCAUUUUCGGGAGUAAACGAAGUGUAGACAAGGCAGCGAUGUUAGGUGCGAGGGCACAGCCGACAAUGAGAACCGUGAAGACCGCAAAGCAUAAUAAAUAUACAAUGCGUCUGCCAUGUAACUCGGAAAGGAUGCCAGUAAUAGAGACUCUAUACCCAAGCCAAGAACAUAUAGAGCGACGGGGAGGGCGGGCGUGUAUGGGAGGCUUUAUUAUUUACAACACAGGUAGCUGGCGCUGGUUGAUUUGGGUUAUUGUGAUAUCUUCUGCUGUCACCAGCCUGCUUUUGCAUGCUUCUACAACGAGAAAAGUAUGGGUCAUUUCUUCUAAGGCAGACAAUGGAGCAACUCAAGAGGAAAAAUCUGAAUAUUUCAUACCGCACAGAAUUUGAUGUCCAGCCAUGGGAUCUUUUCGUGACAUCUCUUACCCGUCCAAUGCGACUACUUUUCAAGGCGCCUAUUUGUACAUUUAUAAGCCUCUAUCUUGCGCUGUGAGUCCCCUAGAUCAAAUUGCUCCUUGUAUUACUCCUGCUAAUCUACAUGACACCCGAAUAUAUGUCAUUCUCUAUUUGCACCUCACAACAAUCACUCUUCUGUUUGAUCUAAGACCCUUUUUAUGGUUAGUUUUCUUACGUUAGACGCAUGGAACGACAAAUCUCGCAUAUCUAGGUGCUGCUCUGGAUCAAUUUUAGGCACCGUUAUUUGUGCCAAAUUUCUCAAUCGUUCAUAUCGCUACGCAGCUGCUCGCCACGAAGAGGGAACAGGCACCGCAGCGUCAAUUCCCGAGUUUCGAUUGCCAUUUUUACAAGUUGGCAUGAUGAUUGUCCCAGUUGGACUAGUCAUCUUUGGUUAGAGCGCAGCGAAAUAGACACAUUGGGUGGUACCGUUACUAGGAGUGUGCGUAUUUGGACUAGUUAUGCUAAUGAGAUAUGUGUGCAUUCAAACGUAUCUUGUGGAUGCCUUUGAAGAAUACGCCGCAAGCGCACUUGCAGCUGCAAUUAUGACUCGAUGCGUUAUUCCUGCGUGUCCACAGCCGUUGGGUUCCAGCUUUGCCGGACAUUGGGCUACGCCUGGUGAGUUUUGCCACCCUUCCUUCUAAAUAGUAAUCGUGCUAACAAAAUGCAACGGGGGCUAUGCUUCUAGCCUUCAUUUGCAUUGCCAUGAUUUCCAUACCAUUUGUUCUACAACGCUAUGGUUCAAAACUUCGCUCCAAAAAGUUUGAUUCCUGAUUCUCAGUGGACAAUAUGAGAGGUUGGGCGCAUGAUGGCUUAUCCUUAGUAAAAAUUGGUCACCAAACCUGUAAAGCCAAAAUACCCCAUAUAAAACCAACCAUACUUGGCGUU